UAUAGUAAAAUAUGUAUUUGUCGAUUGGCGACUAAUCUUUGCUUAAAAUGAACAAAAGAAUCUAAAUUCAUAAUCAAAACAUUGUUUCUUUUUAGUUUUGUAAUGGAAUAAUCAUCAAAAUGGUCACGAUUAUCAAAAAUCAACUGCUAAAACAUCUUUCCAGGUUCACAAAAAAUCUCUCUCCCGAACAAAUAUCCCUCUCGGCACUUCGAGGUUCUGGUGAGCUGCAUGACCUCACUUUGGAAGAAGAUCUCUUAACAGAUCUUUUGGAGCUGCCUGGCUGGGUGCGAUUGACCGCAGCGAAAUGCAAUCGUGCCUCAUUUAGAAUACAAUGGACAAAAUUGAAGACUGUACCUAUAGUAUUGAAUUUGGACGAAGUGCACAUCGCUCUGGAAGUAUGCGAGGAGCCACGUGUCAUGAACCCAGGCGCGGCAGCAGGGGCCAUACCUGUGCCGGGAAAAUAUAGCUACAUACAUAAGGUGAUAGACGGUAUAUCGGUGUCUGUGAACCAUGUGCAAGUGGAUUUCAACUGUGAUUCUUUUACAAGUACUGUGCAGAUAUCUCGAGUUACCGUGGAGUCCCGUACACCAGACGGCAGGAAGGGAGAUCUAAGACUGACUAGAAUCAAAUCUCCGGAUACCGGACAACUGCUUAUAUUUAAGGAAUUAGAGUGGCAAAGUGCUAGGAUUGAGGCGAAGGCCCACGGAGUCGCCGCGGCCAAUUUACCGCCGCUGAGACUGCUCCUGGGAAAUACUCUCUGUAGAAUCGUGAUUAAGAAGAGACUAUCAGAUUGUGCAGUGCUGGGUUCUCGCUUAGUGAUCCGUCCAGAGCCUUUAGCGUGGGUGCUCACUGACGGACAGCUGCGAGCUGCUCUCGCGUGUGCGGCCGCCCUAUCGUCCCCCGUACAACGUGCUACCAGACUGGCCACUCGGAGCAAAGCAGCUAGAAAGAUAGCAGAACCGGAGCAGCCGCCCCCGCCCCGGUCGAGCACGAACGAACGCGAUAUCCUCGCGCGAAUGUUCGCGAAACAUGACGUGCGGGAAACAUCCUACCACCUCCUCGCACCGAGGAUUGACCUGCAUCUAUGCGACGAUCCUGGCCUGGGCAGAUCGGAGAUGCCUCAGCUAUCGAACGGAGGUGCCUUGCAGGUGACCCUGGUCAGCAUGCAGGCAGACCUGUUCCCAUACCAUAAGGCGACUGAUGAUAGAAAACAUUGGAGGGGAUACAGGGAGACGGCAACAUCACACAGUCAAUGGCUGUCGCAGGAUCUCAACACAUUCCGGGAUUCACUGCUCGAGAUGUUAGACCCUCGACCGCUGGCGUCAGCCACCAAGGUAAACAAUAAUGAGAAAAGUGAAGAGACAAUAUCGAAUGGUGCGAGCGAGAAGGCGAAAAUGCGCGAGCCUGGAACUGCUCACAGUCAUACACACGCCCCGUCCAACCAAACUACCUCACAAGCAUCUCCCACAAGAACCAAAAUUCUGCAGCAGCUAGGAAAGUUGAUGACGACUUGUUUUGUAUUGAGGAUAGACGACAUCUCUGUUUAUAAGGUGUCUACUGGGUCGAAAGCUCGGGAUUCGGGUCGUGCGUUGGUGAGUGCUGAGAAGGCGACACUCCCGGGGGACGCCGGCUUACUUCACGCCGAACUGACGUACUUCUACUAUCCGGGGGAUGUUUGCUUUCCAGUGCCGUCGCCGAAGCUGUACGUACAGCUGAGCCCCGUGCGCGUGAACGUAGACGUGCCCAGUGUCGUGUGGCUUGCGGCGUUUCUCCCGCACGUCGCGCAAGCCGCGUCCGAGACGCAGGACAACGAAACGCCCAGCUACGUCGACGUGCGGGCUGAACUUAUAAUGCCAAAGAUAGUGCUAGAAGCGGGCGUCGAACACGUUUCCCAACAGCGGGACCGUCCGAAAGAGUUGCACGUGUGUACGGCGCGUGCGUCACUCACCAACGUGCGCGAGUCACCGAGAGCGAAUACAGGCGGUGGCACCCGGGCGGACCUCGCGGCGAUAAUAUCGUGCCUGCGGCGGCUCAGUGGUUCGAGAAGCAAGUUUCCAAACUCGCCGGACGACAUUGACCCAAUACAUGAUGUGUUCGUAAAACACGCUGACGGUUUGGAUGACAUCGAGCGCGGUAAGGCGGUAACGGCAGAGACAUUGUGGCGGGAGAACCGAGGCGUUUGGUGCGCGCGCGCAGAGCCGCUGUGGGUUGACUUUGUGGGUGCGCGGGCCACCAACUACAAGCCGUCUCCGCUGCUCGAUGCCACACCAUUCACUGCUUGGAUAUGCUUCGAGGAAGGCUUCGACAAGAUCUGGGUGCUGGGUCGUGCUUGCGGGCUGGCUGGUCUGCAGGUGAACCACUAUCAGCUUCUGUUUCUGCUGCGGCAGUUGGAGCGUCUGUCAGAGCUGGCCGCGUGGCUCGGUCACCAGGCGAGCAGACUUCAGGACGAUAGCGGAUCGCUUGUUGUAGCGAUGGUGGUGCCAUCAGUUGAGAUGACGAUAGUUCUUCCGUCAACUUGUCCAGGUCAGGAGUCUAUCAGAGACCUUGAUAGUGUUCCACUUGAUUCCUCCAGUUUGCAGGAUUUGAAAAUGGGCUCGGAGUCUACCAUGGCGCCUUCCACGCUCGAGAGGGAGCCCUACCAGCCCUCACCCGCAAUGAACAUCGAGGUGUUCAACGCGCCCGUGGCUGACGAAGUACCAGUCAGUCCAGGGUUAGGCUUUGCUGGUUUUUCAUCGAUGCGCCGUGGUCUGACGUCACUAGUUACGUCGAUAGAUAGCGCGUUGACGCGGGACGAUACGCGAAGUGACGCCGCGUCUACCGCCAGCUCGGACAGCGAGCGGUACGUGGUCGUCGGUCUCGCUGCCGAGUCGCCCGACGACGCGGACGUCGCGUUCAGAGAGUUCGAGCUGGGUCGUCCGGUGAAUAGCGGAGUGGAGAUGGCUGCCGAGGUAGUGGAGCGUUCAUCAUCACCCAGCGAGCAUUCCAUCACCAGCUCCUGUAAACGACGAGAUGUGAUAUCUACUUGCACCUUCCGGCUGAACAAUAUAUAUUUGGUGCAGCAAAGUGUGCCAGGCUCCUCUCGACUCAAGCUGACCGCCGAGAAGCUCGACUGCGAGGAAUGCCCUUCCAUACCAUGGGAUGAGUUCCAGAAUAAAUUCUCGAUGCGUGCACGAGCUUGGAACGAGCCGACGCUCGAAGGUGAAGAGGUGUCCCCAAGGGAGUUACCGCGGGUGGCGGUUAGGCUUGCAAGGACGGAGUUACCAAGGAAUUUAAAUGAUAAGGGUGAACCUUACGGCUUGGCGCCCUUCGAAGAGUUGCUAGAAGCCCUAAUUAGAGACCUUAACCUUGCUCUGAACAUGAGUACUGCGCUGGCAUUGGCAGAGUUUAUUGAAGACGAAGUAAUUGCGCCGCCCAUGCCGUUAGAAGCAUUGAUAGAAAACCUGAAGCUACAUUUAAUAGAAGAUAGACCAACGCGGUCCAUAUCGGCGCCUCCCCCUCAACCGUUAGACCUAGAUCUUUCCACGCUGCGACUCACAAGGGACUCCAAGGGUAUCGUACAUUUGGGACCACCACCGGUUGUCUCCACCGAUGUUAUAGACAAAGCUGUGGAUAAACAUGAACUAGAUGAAGCUAGGGAGGAAGCGGAUAGACUUAAACGAGAGAAUGAAGAGUUGAGGAAGAGACUGACAACACUUUCUAUAGUUGCUGAGGAGAAUAGAGAGCUUAGGGCCAUGGCGGAAGAAACGUGCUCGUUGCGUGAGUGCGUGCUUGCGGCGCAGCGGGAGGCGGCCGCACUGCUCGCAGACAAGCGCCACCUGCUGGACACCAUACGACACAUGCAGGAACAAAUGUCUGCUCGUGGAAAGAGGUAGCGAUCGCCUUGCUCUCUGGACUGCACGUCAUGUUGCCGUCACGGGAAAGAUUAAUUGAUCUAACGGGAACGAAAUGUUAGUGAUGUGGGGGAGACUCGGUGAUGAGUGAUGACUGCUGUGGUUAAAGUGAUAGAGUGCUAAUUCCUUAGUCCAUAAGACGCGAGGCUGCGAUAAGUGUAUUCAUAGCUUAAUGUUUUAUAUUCAAUAUUGUCAUGUUAUGGCCCAAAUAUGUAGCCUUUAAUAUAGCGUGAACUCGUCAUAAUAUUCAAACCGUUAUUUGUUUCGGACAUGUGCAAUAAUAGCAAGAAAAUAUUUUUUAUAGAAUUUUAGGAAAUUUCUUUUUUUUUGUUAAUUUUGCUGCAUUUGUUUUAAAUGUUCAGGAUUUGAAACUUGUGAAUGUGAUAGGAAUAUGCUUAAUCGAAUCUGAAAUAAUUUAUUGAUAUUUUCAUUAAAUCUGUUAAUCAUUUAAAACAAUUUUACUCAUACAUAUUAUAUGUUUAGUGUUGUUUUUUUAUUUUUUUUAUUAAUAUUAUAGUUUUGUACUCAUGGUGCUUGAUAAACUAUUGACAGUGAAAUGGAACUGAAAUGAUUAUUAUUUUAUUGCAUUCUCGACCCAAAACUGGAGCAGCUGAGUGCAAUUUUACUGAGAAUGACUGUUAAUUUAAUACUGAUAUUGUAAAUCUACUAUUAUAUAGAUAAUUAGCUGACCCAGCAAACGUUGUAUUGCCGAUAUUAAAAUCGCGAUACAAAAGUAACUGUUGAUCGUAGAUGGGUGAAAAUUUGAAGUUGUAUGUAUUUUUUAAUGCUGACUUAUAAUCAAACAAAUUUAAAAAAAUGUCAAAAAAAUUUAAAAAAAAAAUUGUGUGGACCACCCUUAUCAUUUUGGGGGAUGAAAAAUAGAUGUUAUCCGAUUCUCAGACCUACACAAUAUUCAAUUAAAAAUUUCAUGAGAAUCGGUCAAGCCGUUUCGGAGGAGUUCAAUGUUUAACACCAUGACACGAGAAUUUUAUAUAUUAGAUAUACUGCUGGUAUAGUAAACAGUCGGUUUGGAACUGUUACUAAAAGCAAUUAUAUUAAUUUAGAUAAUUUAUACGUCUAGAUAGCUCUUGCUGCUAGACAGCCGAUGAAAACAGGCCAGGUUUUUUAUUUUAGUGUGCGUUACAAGCUACGUCGUACACUCGCGAUUUGUUAUUUAUUCAGUAAUUCGUAGAUUGUCAUGCACACUAACGUAAUAAACCUGGCUUAUUGUCAUGCGAUGCCUAACUGCAAGAGGCUCCAUCUAAACGUAUAAAUCAUCUAAGUGUCCAUAGUAAUAUUUUUAUUUACAAUACAGCGUUAGUUCUGUUUCGCUUCAUUACUUUCAGACUGAGUGUUAAUAUUUUAUUAAAACUCGUUUUACAUAACAUUCAUAAUUAUAUCACAUAAAACUUACCAAAUAAUCGUAUGUGCCAAUUAUUGCAUGUAAUGUAUUUCAUUUUUUUUUAUAAGUAAUUUAUAAAGUACUUAAGAGGUAAGUGUGCUGAUAUCAAUAAAAAAUGGUCUUGGUCAUAUUGGACAUUAUAAGAUGGAAUUGAUGUAACAGGAAUGAAAUAUUGAUAUUGUAGAAACUUAUUUUUAGUAUAGCCACUAUUUUAAUGUAGAAUGUAUAUAUAGCACUAUCAUUUUAAAGAAUUUCUUUUUUUUUUAAACUUCUGGGAUAAGUUACACAAAUUAAACUGUUCUAAUAUACAAUUAUUGGGGUUGAGCAGGUUAUCAACUGUAAUGUAGAUCCUGUAGAUGAAGCCACAACCUGAGAGUUGAACAGGAUUUAUGAACCUAACGUACUCGAACGAGUUUGUUUCAAAUUUAAUUUAUGGUACUAUCAUUUUUUUUAAUCUAAACUGAAAUAAAACUAAACGCAACGCAUUCGUUAUGUUUGUUCUUUAUUUAUAUGUGACUGUUUAUUAAUAUGAGCACUGUAAUGUGCCUUGUAUCGUCAGUUAAACAAAAAUUGCUCAACUAAAAGAUGUUUGGUUUGGAAUGAAACUCUUUUUGGUCGGUAUUUGAUGAUGUUGAUCGUAUGGGAACACUUUUAAACCAUUAGCUGUAAGCUUAUUUCUAACUCCUAAAGCACGACCAAAUGUCUCCCAGUCACUUCAUUUUAGCUAUUAGAAUUACUAGAAGUCCUCCACUAUGUAUGUAUAUAUUAAUUUGAAAAGAUAGAACUGCGAUCUAAACAAAUACCAUGAUUUCAAGUAGGCAACAGCGUGCACAGAUAAUUCCACCUUCGCACGACACGCUACAAUUUAGGAUAUCAUCCCCACCAUCUGGUUGUGUGGCGGUCCUCCACAGUGCGGUUUUCAAGGAGCUUUCUUCCGCGUACUACAAAGCUGUGGAAUGAACUUCCUUGUGCGGUGUUUCCGGGACGAUACGACAUGGGUACCUUCAAAAAAAGCGCGUACACCUUCCUUAAAGGCCGGCAACGCUCUUGUGAUUCCUCUGGUGUUGCAGGAGAGUGUGGGCGGCGGUGAUCACUUAAAAACAGGUGACCCGUACGCUCGUUUUUUUUAUUCCAUUAAAAAAAUAUAAUUGUGAUAAACGGAACGAUAAUAUUAUUACUCAUUGUUGCUACUGUCAAUGUCAAAUGUCAAACAUUUACUGUGUUAUUAAAUUACCAAAAGAGCUUAGAUAAUUUAUAAGUCUAUAGAGUAUCUUGCUGUCAGACAACCGAUGAAAAAAGACCCGGAAUAUAAGUUUAGUGUGCGUGACAAGCUACGUCUUACACUCGCGAUUUGUAUGACACUUUAUGUCAGUGUGCGUGAAUUGUUCAAAAUAGAAGUUCUAAGGUCGAGUUUUUUCGAAGUUUUCACAGCUGGCGUAUAAAUGAUCUAAGAAAAGGUUAAACGUGUUUAAAAAUAGUCCUAUUACAAAUCUGUGUCCUUCCGUUGCUUAGGGUUCAACAAUCCUUAGACAUUCCAUUAAACAAGAGUUGAAACUUGUCUAUGGUGUGUCUAACGGAUAGGUCGUAAAGGAAGAUUUAGAUUAUAUGUUGACAGAUAGAUGGCAGCUGUCAAAAAUUGCGUUUCGUUCCUUUAAUUAUUAUUCCUGUACACCUCAGUUUAUGUUGUGCUUAACGACUAUUUAGUUAAACACAAGCUAAACACUGUUUUGUAAUAGAAAAAGAUAAACUCCAUUUUUGACAUCGUUAGUGUUACAUGUCACAACUGACAUUGUUAUAGUUAGAUCACUGUCUAACAAAACACGUGUCUAAGCCAUGUUUAGUUUUAUUUUUGUAAUUACUCAAGAGUAAAAAUUGUCGCCGAAGAAUUCAGAAGAUUCCAGUUUGAUUAAAAUAAUCUCUAGUUGAUUAUAUAUCUAGACUAUGACAAGGGUGGAAACGUCGAAAAAAAUUGUGUUUAGAACUAACCACUAUUUAGAGGUCUACUAUAUAGACAUAUUAAUUAAAUAAGCUAUAUAUAUAUAUAAAGCGUGUUCGAUAUUGCAACUGCCACUUGUAUCUAGAAGAAGUAAAUUUAAAGUUAGCUUAUAUUAUAAAUGUGACAUUUUGUGCCUAUGACGUAUAUAUAAUAAUCGCUUUGUGAACGUUGUAAUGUAUUCAUAUCGUAAUAUUAAGUGGUUUUACUGUAUAUAAUACAAAAUUGGUUAUUUCUACGCCUACAAAUGUAAGUAAUUUCAUGUACUUAAUAUUUGUGGGUAGUUGUAAAAAUCAGAUUUAGAAUUAUUUUCUUAUGUUGUAACUUUUCUGAUCAAGUUUCAUUUGAUCGACUUAAUAUGUGUUUUUAAUGUAAAAUUUAUGCUUAUAUUUAUAUUUGUAAUCGGGUUAAAAAUAUACGCUUUGCUAUCUUUUAUAUUACAAUGAUAUGUAGGGACUAAUUUAUUCAUAAUAAUAUAUUAUAUAUAACUUAAAAGCUUAAAUUUUUCUAGCAGAUAUCUAUAAAGAUGAAAUGACGUUCCUUCCUAUAGUGAAAAUUUAUCAUAACCUCACCCUUUUCACGUCAAAAACUUUGAUGCGUUCUAAAACAUUUUAAGCGUUAACAAGUACCCUGGCAUACAGUAUAUAGUUGAAUAAUUAUUAAUUUUUAUUUUUAAUAUAAUAUAAAAUAGAUAAAAUAUAGGUAAAUCAUAUCUUGUUCCACUAAAGACAGACGCUAAAUUUUGUAGUCACAUGAUCACAUCGCGAAGGAAUUUUAAUUUAAUAAUAUGUAGUAUGUUGAAGUAUGCUCGCAUAACCUAGAUAAUAACUAAAUUAAAUGCAAUAAAAUGGCGGCGAAUAUAUUUAUUUUUAUUUUAGAAUGACGAGACGAGCAGGACGUUAGCUGCCUCUCAGGAUUCUUGAAAAAUCCAAAAAUUCUGACCGGCGCUACAAUUGCGCUUGUCGUCGUAGUAAGUCUCAUUUGCCCAGUAAUUUCACUAGAUACAGCGCCCUUCACACUGAAACACGAUAAUGUUUACACAUUACUGCUUCAAGGCAGAAAAAGGCGCCGUUGUGGUACACAUAAUUUGGUUGGCAUCCUGUGCUAAGCCCACUGGUGUGUGAAAGAAAAUGUAUAUUAGAUCUUAAAAGAUCUUAUUGUUUCUUACAUCAAGUCAUAUCAGCAGACAUGUGUUUUGUUUUUGAUAGCAUACUUCUCGGCUAUUACGCCAUGGUCGGACUUGGCCGGAACAAUGGAAGGUCCGGUGGGCGCCUCGCAUCAAUUGGUCCGGUGUCGUACUCGGUACCAUCCCGACGGUAAUAAUAAUAAUUUACAUCGAAUACCAGAUCGCAUCCGAUUGUUCGUCCGUACUAAAUCCGAACGUGUGUUUAGGCUAUAAGAGCUACCUACCGCUAGUCAUGUUGUAUGAAGAUAUUUAGUAGCUACAUCCUAUAUGAAUAUUCUAAGUUAAGAAUAAUGUUAAGUGUUUUAUAUGAUAGCCUCUUUGGUGUUGUUCAAUGGUUGUUUUCAUUUGUAUCUAAACUUUUUUACAUAUAAUAUUGUUGCAAUAUCAAAGUCCAGUAAAUAAGCAAUUGUUAAAUACAAUUACGUAAUGUUU